CAAUGAGACACCUGCUUGUCCUAUUAACUUUCAGUCUUGACAUGGAAGAACAAAUAAUGAUUCAAAGAUUUAAAACUUCAAAAGCAUGAGACCAAACAGUUCCUUCCAAUUAUGAUCAAACAACAUGAAAGUCUUGAAAACAGUUUAAUCUAAGCUCAGAAUGGGGUCCCACCUAUCUUGAUAUGGAUUCCAUGUGGUUAAUUCAAACUCAAAUAAGAGUCCACUAGGCUUUAAAGACAUGGCAUCAAUCAAGGGUCCCACUUGUAACAUAUAGAUUUGAUUUGAACUUUUAAUCAAACGAAUCAAGUGGCAAAAGCCUUGACAGAUUCUGAUUGUGAAAAUUUUAAAGAGCCCGACUAUCCUACACACAAGAACACCUCAAAGCAGGAAAAACGGUGAAAGGAAGCUGCGCAACCUAGGACUAGUUUCAGGCCGGUUAUUGGUCUUGUUGCUAAAAUUGUCUAUCUUCCAAGAUUCAAAAUUUUCACUGAUCUCACUCUUCUAAGAAAAACCGAGAUUGAGAAUUCUCGUUUUGGUUCCAUGUAUGUUGUUUUUCUCAUUGGCCCUGGUUGCCAUACCCUGUGGGUUAUCAUUUCAGUUUGAACUUCAAAGUUGAUUACGGCAUCUGGUGUAUUAAUCUUUUGUUGGGUUUCAAAUUAUAUCUUUGUAAAAGUAGACUAAGAAGAUCUUGAGCAUAAUGGGAGUUCCCUUACGGAGUUGUAAUGUAAGGAAACCAAAUGAAACAAUGAGGCUUAUUAUAACAACUUUUGCUGGAAUUAUUUUUGGCUUCUUUAUAGGGGUAUCCUUUCCAACGCUGUCAUUGACUAAGAUGAAUCUCCCAUCCAGCCUAUUCCCUUCCAUUGAUCUUACAUAUAUUGAGGACAAAUAUUCGGGCCUUUCAACCCAAGCACUAUUUAAUGCUUUGAACUCUCUCAAGGCUAAUAAGGUCGUCUCAAUGCCAUCUUACAAAAACAAUGAGACAAAGAUAUGGAUUCCAACAAAUCCACGGGGUGCUGAAAGACUUCCCCCUGGUAUAAUUGCAUCUGAGUCAGAUUUCUAUCUCCGUCGAUUAUGGGGUCAGCCAAGUGAGGACUUAACUGUCAAACCGAAGUAUCUUGUAACUUUUACUGUUGGUUAUAAUCAGAAAAACAAUAUUGAUGCUGCUGUGAAAAAGUUUUCAGAGAACUUCACAAUUGUGUUGUUUCAUUAUGAUGGUCUAACCACUGAAUGGGAUGAGUUUGAGUGGUCAAAACGAGCUAUUCACGUGAGUGUUCGAAAGCAGACUAAAUGGUGGUAUGCGAAGCGCUUUUUGCACCCUGACAUUGUUGCACCAUAUGACUACAUUUUUAUGUGGGAUGAGGAUCUUGGGGUGGAGCACUUUGAUGCAGAGGAAUACAUAAAACUUGUCAGAAAACAUGGUUUAGAAAUAUCCCAGCCAGGUUUAGAUCCAAACAGUGGUGGGCUGACAUGGGCAAUGACAAGGAAGAGAGACAACACUGAAGUUCACAAGGAUACUGAGGAAAGACCUGGCUGGUGUACUGAUCCACGUUUGCCUCCAUGUGCAGCAUUUGUUGAGAUCAUGGCUACUGUGUUUUCUCGGGAUGCAUGGCGGUGUGUUUGGCAUAUGAUUCAGAAUGAUUUGGUUCACGGAUGGGGUCUGGAUUUCUCUCUUAGGAAAUGUGUCGAGCCUCCUCAUGAGAAAAUAGGGGUUGUAGAUGCUCAGUGGAUUGUACAUCAAAGUAUUCCUUCUCUUGGGGACCAGGGCCAAGCUGAGGGUGGAAAGGCACCAUGGGAAGUGGUGAGGGAAAGGUGUAGGAAAGAAUGGACUAUGUUCCAAGAUCGGAUGACCAAUGCUGAGAAAGCAUACUAUGAAGCAAUGGGAAUGAAACCUUCCAAUUUAACAGCACAUUAAUGGCUAUGGUAUUAACACCGGCCAUUAGAGUUGUAAAAGUUGCUUCUAGAUGCGAUGGCAACUUCUAUUUUUGUUGAGAAAAAAAGGUGACUCGGUCCUAUUAGCAGAUAUAAUGUACUUGUAGAAGUCACAUUCAUGUUCAGUACAGUUCUAUCAAUGUUAAUAUUAUAUUUUUGGGUAAUUUUAUUCAUAAUGUUUUCAUCUUCUUCAUUGGUUUACUUGCCAAGGUGUU